GUCAAAUGUUAACUCAAAUCGUGCUACCGUUUAUUGGAGAAGAGCUCUAGCCAGCCAGCGGCACAGUCGAGACGUCCUAACAGAAAGAGAACGACAUGAAAUAAUCUGGACCGUGGAACAGGCAAAAUUAUUUGAAUCAGCGAUGGAGGACGUGCAAGAUCCCUUGGCGAGGUGGGACGCUUUGUGCAGUCGUGACCGGAGUUCCCGAGAGGCGACUAUGGAAGUAAUCAACCAGGAGGUGCUGAGGCGCGCCGAAGGGAUCGGACCCCUGUCCCCUGGCGCCGCUACGUGUCCCAGUCAGGCAGCCGACCUGAACGACAUGCUGGCCCGCAUCCUCAUGUUCUCCAAGCGUUGUCCCUUUGGAGACGUCAGGGAGAAGUGCUCCGGGAUACUCCAGAGCGUCCAGGACAUGGGAGUGCGGAUUCCAAGACCGCUGGUGAAUGGACCUAGCAGAUUUAUCCCUGAGAAGGAAAUACUCCAAGUCAGCAAAGUGGACGACAGGAUGGUGUCUAUAUUUGAGGACGCGUUUGCAACGCUUGGUCGUCUAGACAACAUCUCCCUGGUGAUGGGUUUCCACCCGCAGUACCUGGAGAGUUUCCUCCGGACGCAGCACUACCUGCUCCAGAUGGACGGACCGCUGUCACUCCAGUAUCGCCAUUACAUUGGGAUCAUGGCUGCAGCACGGCACCAGUGCUCGUACUUGGUGAAUCUGCACGUGAACGACUUCCUGCAGGUGGGGGGCGACCAGAAGUGGCUGAAGGGUCUGGACAUGGCCCCUUGCAAGCUCCAGAUGCUAGGCGAGCUCAACAAAAUCCUGGCCCACCGGCCUUGGCUGCUCACCAAAGAACACAUCGAGAACCUGCUGAAGGCGGAGGAGCACAGCUGGUCACUGGCGGAGCUGAUCCACGCGGUGGUGCUGCUGACCCACUACCACUCACUGGCCAGUUUCACCUUUGGCUGCGGCAUCAGCCCAGAGAUCCACACAGACGGAGGGCACACCUUCAGGCCGCCAUCGCUUAGCGGAUACUGCGUCUGCGACAUCGCCAACGGCAACGGUGUCGCCCAUGAGAUGGAUCGUAACCACCUGGCAACAGAGGUGGGCGGUGAGGUGGAGGUGCUGAUAGAACGGAUGAAACAGCUGCAGGAGUGCCGUGACGAGGAGGAGGCUAGUCAGGAGGAGAUGGCCACGCGCUUCGAGAGGGAAAAGACAGAGAGCAUGCUGGUGGCCACCGCAGAGGAUGAGGAGAGUGUGCCAUCCAGAGACGUGUCGCGCCACUUUGAGGACCCCAGCUACGGCUAUAAGGACUUCUCCAGGAGAGGAGAGCAUGUACCCACCCUCAGAGUGCAGGACUACAGCUGGGAGGACCACGGCUACUCCUUGGUGAACCGGCUGUACCCGGAUGUUGGUCAGCUGUUGGACGAGAAGUUCCAGAUGGCCUACAACCUGACCUACAACACCAUGGCCAUGCACCAUGGCGUGGACACCUCCAUGCUCCGCAGAGCCAUAUGGAACUACAUCCACUGCAUGUUCGGAAUCCGAUAUGAUGAUUAUGACUAUGGAGAGAUAAAUCAGCUUCUCGACCGAAGCUUCAAGGUCUACAUCAAGACUAUGGUCUGCUGUCCCGAGAAAACUACAAAGAGGAUGUACGAGAGCUUCUGGAGGCAGUUCAAGCACUCUGAAAAAGUACAUGUAAAUUUGCUUCUUAUGGAAGCGCGCAUGCAGGCUGAGCUGCUGUAUGCUCUGAGAGCAAUCACCCGCUACAUGACAUGAAGUGAUUUUUGUCAUUUUCCUCCUGUUUUUACUCUUCAUCAUUGUUGCUUUUGUGGGACACUUACAAAAAAAAGAAAAUCAAAACAACAACAAAAAAAAGAAAAAAGGAAACGCAAGAAUGUGGCAUCUUUAAGACAUGGCAUCUUCAUCAUCUUCUUGAAGGAUGCAGAGAUGGACUGGAAAGGAAAGUAAAAUGAAUGAAUGACAGGACUAAAAGAAGGAAAAAUAUACAUCUAUUGCAAGAGGUGCGUGUUUGAGCCCACUACAGGGUGUCCGGCGCGCAGUGCCAAACCCUGGCCACUAGAGGGCGCCUGAACCAUGAUCUCUCCUCCCACGCUUCCUCUGUUGAGGAUGCCGGCGGACUGACUUGUGAUGUUUCUAACGGAGGAACGACACCUCCAGUUUAGUGUGGAGUCGCCGCCAACCACAGAGUCAAGGAAAAGAUAAAGAAAAAAAACUUGUAAGGUGGGGGGGGGACUACCCCUGCCGCAACUCCCCAGCCCCGCCCCCUUCCUGUGCACAAACUGCACUAGCAUAUUUUUACCUUGCUUCUGUCUCUGGUUCCAACAUUAUCAUUACGAUUCAUUUUUUAUUGCAUUAAGGUUGUUGUCAUUUUGUGCGUGUGUUUUUUUUCAUGUGUUUUGGGAGGCGGCUUGAGGCUGGAGUAUUACUUGUUUUAACGGAGUGCCUGAACCACAGACAGCCAGGCUACCUGUUGGUGCUGCUCAACUCUCAUAACCCCAAUCCCAAAUCCCCAGCCCCAUUACCCGUAUAUGUAUAAGCUAACCCAUAGAGAACGUGAAUGUGCGCAUCUUCGUCUGUGUGGAUGGAUGGAUGGGUGUGUGUGUGUGUGUGUGUGUGUGUGUUUGGAUGUGAACGACUGAAAAGUGAGAGAGAGAUUUAAAAAAUCUGAAAUCGCUGCCUGAGCCCUGUUUAAAAGGUUUACUGUAAAAAACAAAACAAACAACAACAAAAAACACCACUUUGUUUCAGCGUUGUGACAUUUCCAAAGUGUUUUCAGGAAAAAAAAACAGAAAAAAAUAGAUACAAAAAAAAAAACAAGAAAAAAGAAAAACAUGUCAAAAACAGAAACUAGCUUUUUUUUUGUUGUUGGAAAUUUCAAACGUUCGAAAAAAAUCAAACGCACUUUUUUUAGACAAGCGAUAUGCUUUGGCUUAUAGUAGCAGUGUGGUGUGGUGACCAUUUUACAUUAAACAAAAAAUGAAAAGGUGGGGGGGGGGGGGGAAAGAAACGAAAAGAGGUCUUCCUGCCGAGAUGAUGAUGCGCUUCCUGACGUUCGACCAUCGGCUUGUCUUCCUUUUGUACGCAUCCCAUUCAGUGGAUACGGUCACCCUCCUAGUUACCCAGACCACGACUUCAAAUCAAGCCAUGGCUGGGGUUGUCAGUAUAAGCAAGAUAUAAAAUACCUCCUGUUAUUUGUUUGUUGGUUUGUUUUUCUCCUUAAAGUGCUCUUCACUGAGCUUUUCAUGCAGGCGAGUGUCUGCACAUGUGCAAAAGCAGACGCGCUUGCAUGCCGUCUGUCACUCUGGCAAUGCAGUCAGAGGUGAACGAAGCUUGUUUUCGUUUUUAUUUCCCAAAACAUAACCAGUGUAACUAAGCAGAUUUUUUUUGUUAUUUUUUCUGUUUUUGUUUAGUUAAGCUGUGGUGGGAUCUCCACUGUUACUGUUUUUGUUUGUUUGUUUACUAAAAAACAGUAUAGUUCUGUUGGCAUCUGUGUGGGUAGGAAAAGGAUGGAGGAGAGAGAAGAGGGGGAUGGUACUUUUUUUUUUUUUUUUUUGCAAAACACUUGUAAAACAAGCGCAGAGGUAUUUGGGAUUUUUUUUUUUAACCAAACUUCUGAGACUGACGUCAGUUACUGAGUUUUAUAAGAAGAAAAAAAAAACAAUAAAACAUGAGAUUUGAACUGC